UAUUCUUUUGUAUCUAAAUAGUGUGGAGAGUUAGUUGACGACAAAUUAUUUUCUUUUAUGUGUAAUACUUCUUAAAUACUUAAAGUUGAAAUCAUUUAGUUAUUAGAAUAUUAAUAUAAUAUACAUAUAGGGAACCUAAAUUAUGGCCGGAGAGUGCCAAGAUGCUGUUAAUCCAACCGAGGCUGUUGCGAAUGAAUUACUGGAUAAAAUAAUAUUGAAACAAUUGCAUUUGAUGGAAGAAAAGAUGCGUUGCGAAUUAAACAUAGAGACCAGUAUCAAGAAUGGAAGUAUUCAUCUAGCAAAGUCUCGUUAUAUCAUGGGGCAGAGCUCUGUGAGCACAGCACGGCUCCCUACUGAGAGCAGCCCUGAUUUCUCAGCUUCUACAAUUUGUGAAACAACUGAGGAAGAUGGAGUUAAACUCAUGAAAGUUAUUGAAAAUGAUGCUGAGAACACUGUUAAUCCCCUUCGUUGGUUUGGUGUGUUAGUUCCACAGAACAUGCAUAAAGCUCAAAGUAUAUUCCAGAAUACUAUUAACUUUAUUGUAGAAUGUGUCAAUGUUCAGUUACAGUUGAAUAGCAAUUUGAAACUUAUUAAUAUGUUGAAACAGUAUAUUGGUUCCAGAAAACUUACUUAGCCAUCUAAAGUAUCGCAGGCAUUGUCAAUAUAUUUAUGUUGGUUUGUUGUUUCACCUUCUUAUGCAAAUUAUUUGUUGUUGAGUUGUAAGUAAAACAAAUCAUGAUUCAAUUGUUAUUUAUUAUUUUAUUUGUGAAAUGAACACUAGGUGUCAUGUUGGUGGCUUAAUUGUACUGCAAUAAGCAUAAUAUAUUAUCAUAAUUUAUUGAUUUAAUCACAACAUAUCUAUGUAUUGAAAUGUCUUUGUAGUGAAACAGUUUCUUUAUGCACUGGAAUUAUUAUUAAACAGCUCUUCCAUGUA